UCUACACAACUUUACACCUGAAUGAACGCCAAACCUCAGAGAAUAUAUAAAGAGAACCUUGAGAAGGAAUUUCACAGUUACAGUGCAGAAGCAGAGGGAAAGGAAUUAACCAGCUCUCCAGCCAAGCAAAUCCUCCACUCACCAUGCUUCCUCCUGCCAUUUAUUUCUAUCUCAUUCCCCUUGCAUGCAUCCUAAUGAAAAGCUGUUUGGCUUUUAAAAACGAUGCCACAGAAAUCCUUUAUUCACAUGUUGUUAAACCUGUUCCAGCACACCCCAGCAGCAACAGCACGAUGAAUCAAGCCAGAAAUGGAGGCAGACAGCUCAGUAACACUGGACUGGAUCGGAACACUCGGGUCCAGGUGGGUUGCCGGGAGCUCCGUUCCACUAAAUACAUCUCCGAUGGCCAGUGCACCAGCAUCAGCCCUCUGAAGGAGCUCGUGUGUGCUGGUGAGUGCUUGCCCCUGCCCGUGCUCCCCAACUGGAUCGGAGGAGGCUAUGGAACAAAGUACUGGAGCAGGAGGAGUUCCCAGGAGUGGAGGUGUGUCAAUGACAAAACGCGUACCCAGAGGAUCCAGCUGCAGUGCCAAGAUGGCAGCACGCGCACCUACAAAGUCACGGUGGUCACUGCCUGCAAAUGCAAGAGGUACACUCGGCAGCACAAUGAGUCCAGUCAUAACUUCGAGAGCAUGUCGCCUGCCAAGCCAGCCCAGCAUCACAGAGAGCGGAAAAGAGCCGGCAAAUCCAGCAAGCACAGCAUGAGUUAGACUCAGACUCUCCAAACUGGACUGGAGAGUAACCAUUUGCUUUACAGAUUUGAUUGCUUGAAAGAGUCAAGCCUGCCAUUGCUGUUUUCUUACUUGAAAAUAUAUGCUUUCUGCUUUGAUCAAACCCAGCAAGCUGCCCUAAGUAUGAAGACCUUCUUUGGAAAUAGCUUUUCCUUUUCAAGUUUUCAAGAUGUCUGCAUAUCCAUGAGUGCGAUUUGCAUUUAAAUUCUAUGCAUUCUGUAAUUUUAAUUCCCCGUGGUUCUGAAAGAGUGGUAAUACUAUACACAUCACUGAACCAUUACUUUUUAAAUCAGAAAAGGGCUUCUUAGCUACCCUCCACUACCCAAUCCAUCUCUAUGCCCCGCCCCCAACAAAACCCCUUCAAAACUGAAAAAUGUAAAAAAAAAUGUUGCCAUGAAUCUUCACAGUAACACUUCAGAAGGUGUUUUUUUCGGUAAUCUUCAUGGGAGCAGUUUAGCAGCCAUGAGUGAUCUCCCUUUGAAAGAGUGAAAGACCUUGUGACAUUUCACUUCAAAAAUAAGCCCUGUAGCUUUUCACAGUCUCAUAGUAUGAAAUUAUACCCUGCAUGCUGACCUCCGCUUGGAAUGGAAUGCCAGAAAUGCAUGGCAGCAGCUAAUAAGUAAAGCUGAUGAACUAUUUAUUUGUCAAUGUUAUUAUUUAAUGAGCUUUCACAUGUGAUUUUCUUCAAAAUGUUAAUUUUUAAUGUUUUGAAGCUUUUUCAUGUACCUAAAUAUUUUCCUGUAUGAUUUGUGGUUGAUCUAGAAAUAUGAGAAUACAUAUUGUAGAUAUGUAAAAAGUCUCCUUAUUACAUAUAUCUUUCAUCCUAAGUUUUAUCAAUAGUAUGGAUCUUUUGAAAUCGUUAAGAUGCUUUGUAAAGCUGAAAUAUGUAAUACUUCUUCUUUAAUCUGUAAAUCAGAAGGUGAUUGGACCUUCAAUCAGUUUAACAAAAAUAAACACUGCUAAAAGUUA